CUUGACCCUGAUGACAAUGUCUUCCCUGCAAUGGGGGCUAAUGGUGUUGUACAGCCCUGUGAGCCAAUCUCACAUGAUGCCAUGCAACAGUGGAUCAAUGAAGCAACAACUGGUGCAGGAAUUCAAGGCUCCUUCUUGACCCAUUGCUUUCAAUGGGGUGGAGCAUAG